AUGUCCGAUCUUAGAAAAAUUGCAUUAUCAAAUACUAAUUUAAAAAGUAUGAAUGAUUCACCAAUAAAUUCAGGUGCAUCAACUCCAAUAAAAGGUAAAAUAGAAAAAACUGAUUCAAUUUUAAAUUUAACAAAACCAGAAUUAUUUGGAAUAUAUAAAAAUGAUUCAUAUGUUAAUUUAAAUAAAGAUAUUGAUGAUACAUCAGACUUGGAUUUAGAAAUUUUAAAAAAAUCAGAUACAAAUGAUUCAUUAUUAUCACCAAGUAUUUCUAAUACAAGUGAUUCAAAUUAUUAUAUACCAUUACCUGCAAAAUUAAUGAUUUUAUCAAGUUCAGCAUAUAUUUAUAAUGAAAUUAUUAAACAUAUAAACUAUAAUCAUUUUAAUGAAAAUCAAUUGGUUAAUUUUCCAUUAACUAUAACUCAUGUAUUUCUUUAUGCAUUUGUAUCAAAAUUUAAAAUUGGUAAUUACAUAAAUAUUGAUGAUGAAUUUUUAAAAGUUUUUGAUAAUAUUUUUGCAUUAACUUUACAAGGUUUAUUAAUGGCUUCAUUACAUCCAAUUUUUGAUAGAAUAUUGCCAAGAUUUUUAACAAAAAGAUUAUUAUCAUCAAAUCCUCAAAAUCAAUCAUCAUCAUCGUCAUCAUCAUCAAAUCAAUCUAAUUUCUUUAAUGAUUUAAUUAGAUCAUGUAUUACAUUUUUAGGUAUAAGUUAUGCAAUAAGAAAAAUAGAAUGGAGUAGUUUUUUACAAGUUUCAAUUAUUUGGUCAUUAAUUAAUCCAGGAUUAUGGUUAUUAUUAGAUGGUACAAUUUCAGGAUUUUUAUCUUCAUUGUUAGUUUCAUCAAUUGCUUGUGUUAGUAUUUAUACUCAAAAUUAUCAAUUUAUAAAUCAAUAUUCAAAAACUUCUGAUGAUAUUAUAGCAUUGUGGUUAUGGAUUGGAUCAUUUUUCUUUUGUGGUAUUAUAAUAUUUGGAAAAAUUGGUAGAGGAAUAUUUGGUUCAAAAUGA